AUGGCAGACGCCAACCUGUCCCUUUGCUUUCAGACUCUAGGGCACUUGGAAAAGGCUGUGGUUCUCGAGCUCACCUUGAAGCAUGUGAAAGCCCUAACCAAUCUCAUUGAGCAGCAGCAGCAGAAAAUAAUUGCUUUGCAGAAUGGUUUACAAGCGGGUGACCUGUCAUCAAGAAACCUUGAUUCCAGCCAGGAAAUGUUUCGAUCCGGUUUCCAGAUGUGUGCCAAGGAAAUGCUGCAAUACCUGGCAAAGCAUGAGAACGGCAAGGACCUGAAGUCGUCCCAGCUGGUCAGCCAUCUGCACCGAAUGGCCUCUGAGGUGCUCCAGGGCGGAGCCGGCCGCAAGGCCGGAGACAUCCCUCCUAAAAUGGUGGACUUGAAAGAGAAGCCUGUCUCCUUGACCAAAGUGGCAGAGGGACACGGGAAAAACUGCGUGCCUGUGAUCCAGAGGACAUUUGCUCACUCCAGCGGGGAGCAGAGCGGCAGCGACACAGACACGGACAGCGGGUAUGGGGGAGAGCUGGAGAAAAGUGACUCCAAAUCCGAACAGCAGUAUUUCAAAAAGGAUACCGAACUCAAGUAUGCUGUCCAGGAGAGAAUAAGCUCUAUUAAACAAGAGACUGAGGACCCGCCGGCCAAAAGGAGCAGGCUGGAGUCGCCGGAGGACGAGGGCCCUUUUGGCAGCGACAUGAUGGGCUCUUCCAGCAGCUUCCUGGGCCCCCACGCUCACCAGCCGCCCUUGUGCCUGCCUUUCUAUUUGAUCCCACCAUCCGCAACAGCAUAUCUGCCCAUGCUGGAGAAGUGCUGGUACCCAGCGUCCGUACCUGUCUUGUACCCCAGCCUCCCAGCCUCUGCCGCAGCACUUACAGGGUUCAUGAACCCCGAUAAAAUCUCCCCGCCUCUGCUGAUGCCCCAGAGACUCCCUUCUCCCGUACCAGCCCAUUCCCCUAUCGACUCCUCGGCUCUGCUUCAAGCUUUGAAGCAGAUUCCUCCUUUGAACUUGGAAACCAAAGACUAA